AUGAAGGGCAUCUGGCCUGGCUCUCGGCUCACUCCCCCACAGCGACAGCCACAGCCCGGAGAGGUGCUGUGUGUCAGAGCCAAACAGGACACAGUGUGUUACUAUGGAAACAGAGCCAGCGCUGAACCAGUCCAUCUAAAACCAGCAGGAAUCUAUAGCUUAAGUAACUCACUGUUGGACACGCCAUGGAAGAAGCUCCUUCAGGGAAAGCGCCAUUUCACCAAUGUUGUCAGUGACCACUCCUUGUCCAGUGACGGCCUGGUGCAAGAGCUUCUCAACGUCCUCAACAAUGAAGAACUAAAUGCACCUGACCCGGUCCAGGAGCUUCAGGGUGAUGGCUACAGUAAGGCUAUGAUCAAGGCCCUGUCUGCUGUGUGCGUCCGCUCCCCUCAUUAUGGCACAAGGACCAACACAAUAGUCUUGAUUGAUGCUGAGGGGAACGUCAACUUCACUGAACGCACCAUGCUCAACUUCGCAGGGGUGACCAUAUCUGUUGCUCCCAGACGCUCACGUAGGAGGAUGAUCUGUGCCCAGAGCCCCAUAAGCUGA